GAUCAGUGCCAGAGCUUCGGUGCAAAGUCCCACCUCGCCUCUAUCCACAAUCCGGAGGAGCAGAGAGUCAUUGCCAACCUCAUUGCCCGUGCUCAUGGCUAUGACGAUGAAGUCUGGAUUGGACUCCACAUUGCUGGACGGAGCGACAACUGGGCGUGGGUCGAUGGCUCCCCCACCAUCCACGAGGCCUGGCACAAGUACAGGAGACGUUACUCUUGGAAGGGGGAGAACUGCGUAGCCCUGGAAGACGACUCAGGUUACAUGACCUGGGACAAAGACUCCUGCUAUGACAGAAACGCCUUCGUCUGCAAGCUCACGCUGUAGCGAAGCAACUUGCCCCUGCUCAGGACGGCUGGGAGUGGGCACGCUGGGGCCUUCUGCUCCUCAAAGGGGCUGUAUCCGCUGUCUCCAGCUGCCGUGUCCCUUCUCCCAGUGCAUCCUCUUGUGAACUCCUGAAUCCAUCACCUUCUCCUCUGCCCCUUCUCUGCGUGGUGGGUGACUCCCUCUCUCUCUGUUUCCCCCUCAUCUGUGCACUCUGCAGUGAUAAUAAACUUUUCCUUGAG